UCUUUCAAAUUUAUUCAAAUAAAGCUAACAAAUAAAUAUAUGUCCGUAUUCAAUUAACUCUUGAACAUUCCGUUUUGAACAAAAUGCCAGCACUGCCCGUUUUUAAACUGGGCAUGCUAGCUGUGCGCCAACUAAGUAAAUAUGUAGCCAGUUUUAUUAAACAAAAAGCAAAGGAUAAUGCUAUAUUUCGAAAUUAUUUUUGCAUACCACCGGCGCAAUGGUACAACAGAAUGGAAACGCGCACCAAAAUGUGGACAAUGAAAAUGGGUAAACCAACAAAUAUCAAACCAUUGUCAGAAGCAGCAGCCAUCGAUUUGGGUGCCAGUAUGUUGGGCGAAUUUGUAUUAUUUCUUAUCUGUGGCGCAGCGGUGGUAUCAGAAGUUUCACGACAAAUGCGUUCAGAGCGUCGCAAGCGAGAAGAAAAGCUAAAAGCAGCAAUAAAAUUAACAAACAAUAUUCUAAACAUGGAAGAAACUAUUGAACAACAAGAACAAUAUAUACAGGAAAUUAGAAAAGCACUCAAAUCCUUGGGUAAGGAUAUCAAAGCGCCACAUACGGAGAAGUUUGAAAGUAAAUUAUUAAGGCCAGUUGUUGCCACACGAUCGAUAGAUAUACAGGCUACGGCGCCAACAAAGGAUCAGCAAGUACAGGUGAACAUAUAAAUACAAAUUAUAAAAAAAAAAAAUUAUACAUUUGUAUAUAAUAA